AUGGACUCCACCGAUCGCCCGAACCGUGGUGAGCUCAGAGGACCGCAAAUGGUCAUUCAACAAUAUGCGCGAUAUCCUCCGACCUUGGAAUCGACGUUGCAGAGUGCUUCCUCCUUGGGAAGUUCUCGUAGCCAAAUAGAUAUCAGCAAAUCGCCUCCCUUGCAGCGAAGAGAAACCCCCCGGAGCUUACAGUCUUCCCCGAGGGGCACUCGUUCUGCUAUACUCCCAUCAUCAGCCAAUCGCUCCGGGACUUCCAUGUCUCCCCCAGUUUUUGAUCCUCAUCGCCAUCAGCCGAUGAAAGACCCUGCCGAUCACGCAGAUUCCCGGGUUCUUCCGUCACGGGAUAUCACUGACGAGACGAUUGAUGAUGCCUAUGUCUCCUUUAUCUUGUACUGCAAUCCUAAUGUUCCAUCCUCGGUUGACACGUCAGAUCUGCGAAAGACCUUCCGGUGUCUCCCUCGGAGUGAUGGGAAAAGCUUCAACAUCUUUACCCUAUUCGGACUCAUUCGAAGGCGGUUGCAAAAUGAAGAGUUGAAGACAUGGAUUCAACUAGCAAUUGAAUUGGGUGUCGAACCACCGUGCAUUGAAAAGAAACAAAGCACCCAGAAGGUGCAACAGUACACUGUUCGGCUCAAGCGUUGGAUGCGUGCUAUGCAUAUCGAUGCUUUCUUUGAAUAUUGUAUGGGGUUGCCCCAUUCUUACUAUACACAGCUCCCACCAUCUGGUCCUUUUGUCAGCGAAUCCCGCGAUGGUGUGUUAUUGGAAGAAGAUCUCGCACUCAGGGCGCUUGUGCCACAAUGGAAGCCGAAGCGCGGACGGAAAAGGGUUGAGGAUAGGUACACUGAGGAAGAGAGAGCAAUCAAGCGGCCCCAGUUGGAUACAUCUGUUGGCGCCCUACAACAGGGUAGCUUUCAGUCCCACUCCGUGACAUUCCCACAGAGUGCUAUACCAUUCAGUGCAUUCCCUGAUGAUAUGGAACCAAAUGACCCCUGGAUAGCGGCGAAUUCGUCGUUUCAUAAUGGUUCCGGGCCGGAUCAGCAAAGUCAAGAUACACGCUGGAGACUUCCUGAACGGGAUGCGUCUCCUGCUAAUUAUCCACAGUCUGCUAUUAUUCCCCGGAGUCAUCUACCAUCAGAUGUCCUCAUAUCUGCGGAACCACGGUCAGCAGUCACUCCGUCAACCGGCGAGAAAAGCCGUUCUAGGAGACGACAUGGCCCUGCAGUUUCAUCUGCUUGGCCGAACAGCAACGGCUUGUCAGCUGGGAAAGGCCGAGGAAGACCACCAAAUAGAGGGUCAUCAUCGGGUUCUUUUUCUACCUUCCAGGUCAAUCCUAGUCGGGAGUCGUCACAAGCACCCAAUCCUAAUACUCAGGCACUCCCACUUGCCAUUGACAGAAAUCCGCCCCAAAUAUUUCAGACCCAACCUCACAAUCAACAUCCAACAUCCAUCUCUCAGGGGAGGCCCAAUAAACUUCAAUUGCAAGUUCCUCAACAUUCAGGAGCGCCGGUUCGACUUGCCACUCCACCAAGACUAGUAGUCAAUGGAGUGAAUGGUGCUGUCAUUGCCGAGUCUGAAGGGCCCAAUGGUUCCCGCCAAUAUCCCACCACAGAUACUCCAAAGAAUGGUAUCACUACUCAAACAUCUUCCUCCAGCGGGCAAAGCAAUACGGCCACUGCCCCGAAUCCCUCCGUCGAUGACAUUGUUCAUGCACUUUCUGCGGAGCUUCUGCGUGCUAGGCUGACAGGGCGGGCGGCGACCCUCUCUCCCAACGAGGCGGGUGCCCUAGCUUCAGCCAUGGUGAUCAAUCUGUCUUCAUUAUAUUCACAGUUCCAACUUGGCUCUCCUUCGCUACUACUGGCCUUCCACCUUGGCAUUGGUCAUCAUUUCGGACUCGCAGGCACUGCUCCAGAGUCAAUGGUUAUCAAGGUUGAACGUGCCAUCCCAAACAACGAUGGGAAUAGGGGUGCCCCUGCCUCUAAAGAAUCAUUUAAUGGGGUUCAUUAUACCAUCUCUCAUGAGUACAAAACUUCAAACCAGUUUUCGAUGGAAAUCACGCUUUCAAAUGUCAAUCCUAGUAUAGGAGGGACGGGUACAUCUGAUCACGCAAGUGCGAUUAUGGGUCGGAGUCAUGAGAUAAUUGACAACGAUAAGACAGUGGAGCUGGAUUCUGACGAUGAUGAUCCUAACCAGCCUGUUUCCGAGGCAACAUGGAAGCAGCGUUACACAAGACUCCGCGCCCAGAUGCAGAAAAAGGACCAGGCUUUGUCGCAAUACAAACGAAAGAUAGUGGAGUCAGUCAUGGCAGACAUAUAA